GUAGAGGCGAUCGGUUCUCUCGGAUCAGCUGUGAGAGCGGCGUGGCGCCGUGUGCCGCGGCUCUGACCCGCUGUCAGUUGCCCGAGCCCUGUGCUACGGUUAGGACCGUGCAAUCGUCACCUUUUAACGAGCACGAGACAAGCUUGCGUGAUCAUCAUCGAAACGACUGGGCUCUCACGGCCGCGUCGUCUAGUCCUCGUUGCGAAUCGCGUCGUUUCGUCGAUGAAGAUUGAUCACGGUCAAUCGAAACACGGUACAACUUGGAGAUCAGGAUCAAACGAACGUCGUUGAUACGUGAACUGCUCGUUGUCCACGGUCGAUUUGUAGAACGUGAGUCGGAUACACGGAUUAGCGAAAGAAACAGGCAAGAGAGAAACAGUGAUCGAUCGCGUUCCGUUUCGAUCGAUCCGUGUCGGGGCGCACCAUCUGCUUGAAAUCGUGCCCCAUGAUCGACUGGGAUUUCUAAAGAUCACGAGCCGCUCGUUGAAAGCUUGAAAUUGCGCUUCGAUCAUCCGCGAUCGUUGAUCCUUACGUUUCGAACGUGCCGACUUGAGGGAGAAAAAGAUAAAGAAAGGGAGAGGAGAUUGCCGGUUCGAACAUCGUGGUGGUUUUUGUGGUGGAAAAGUGAUUCGAGGUUAAUCAAAGAGAAGCUCGACAAAGCCAAGGGCCGCAUGCUUCGCUAACAAGUCUCAGGAUGGUCUGGUAGAGGAGGAGCCUGGUGGUUCGAUCGCGAGAAAUGGCGUGCGGAAUAUCGUUCGAAGCGACUGCCACGAGCACGGUACUUUUCCUGCUGGUACUGCUGCAGGCGGCACUGGUGUGGGACGAAGUACACGGUGCUCCAGCGAAGAGAAACGACAUACUCGCGGGCACGGAAUUUCUGUCAGUCUUCAUAAACGGCGCCAUGGCCACGCCGCCACAGCGACGUAGGGGUUUCAGACGAGGAGGACACACGUCGUCAACAGGAGAUAGCGCGACAGCGGAAUCGCAUCAGCACGAGGCUUCGAUUUACCGAAUAUCGCGAAAUCCUGGCAAUAAACAAGUCGUCCCGAGAGCGCGCAACACCAGUGGCCGAGAAGAGGUCGUUCGAUUUUACCCCAUAAGCCACAAAACGUUAGAAAAUAGGCAACAAAAUCUAGCAUCGUUAAUCGACGAAUUGAGCACCACCAGUGACAUAUCUUCGACACGGCUGGCUCCUCAAAGUUCAAUAAGUACGACGACGGUCACGUCGACGACAGCUCAAGAGAAAUCACCAUCGAGGACAAACGCAACGAGCAAUUCGACGAACAAAGCAGUCAGCCGACAGAAAGUUAUAGGUGUCAGUGUGACGUCCACCGUCGAAGCUACGCCGUACAAGGUCAGGGUGGAACAUUACGACAAUACAGAUGCGACAGUCGUGUCUCGACCGCCAAGCUCCAUCGGAAUUUCGUCUAAAGAUGUUACGAAAGAGUUGAAGAAUGGCACGACAAGGCCUCCUACUACGAGGACUAUGAGCUCCACGACUGCGAGAACAUUGACCACGACUACUACAACGACGACGACAACCACUUCUAAAUCGCCGAGAAUGACGACACCGUCGCCUUCAAGCUUCGUCACUGAGGAACUUAGUAACAUCGUAUCAGAAUCGAACAGGAGCGAAUUCUCCGUUGACGAAGGCUCGCUGAGCACCAGUUGGCGAGUUCAAAGUUCGGUUACGCCUAGAUCGAUGAACAAGCACACUCCUUCUUUCGUUGAACAUCAGAAGGAGAUAAAUAAUAAUAAUAACAACAAUACGAACAAUCCUUCAGGGGACAUGAUCACCCUGCCAACAGAGGAGAACUACGAGUUGCCGGAAGAGAACGCCGAAUCAAAGGAGUUCAGCGAAGAACCAAUGGAAGUACAGUCAGAGCGCUACCAGGCCCAAGGUCGAAAGGCAGGCAGACACUUCGACGCUUCCCACUACAAUCGUCCAGGCUCCAAGAUGUAUAGCCAGCCAUCGAAGAGCUAUAAGUCACCACGGCCGUACAGCGAGCCAGCUAAAUUGUACAGCGAAUCAGCGAAGGGCUAUAACGAACCUGAGAAAAUUUAUGGAGAACCAGCCAAGGUGUACAGCGAGCCAGCAAAGGUUUAUAGUGAACCAGCGAAGGUAUAUAGUGAACCAGCCAAGGUUUACAGCGAACCUGCAAAAGUCUAUGGUGAACCAGAAAAAGUGUACUCGGAGCCAUCGAAGGUUUACUCGGAACCAGCUAAAGUUUAUUCGGAACCAGCGAAGGUUUAUUCGCAACCUGCCCAAGUUUACAGCGAACCUAGCAAACUUUACGACUCAGAAGGUCAACCAUUGAGUCGCGAACGUGGCGGAGAACCAGACGAGCAGAAUUACGAGGUGGAUGAAUCCGUUAGCGUGAGUAGCAAUGGAAACGUCCAUGGACCACAGAUUAUGCUUACGGAACCUUCGAACGCUUCCGAAGUGGAAGAUGGUCACAAAGUGGGUUACGUGGUCGAAGGUAGGAACUACAGGAAAUACAGGGUCGAAGAGAGAACUCCGGACGGUUUUAUCGUUGGGGAAUACGGAGUGGUGAGCCACGAUGAUGGUUCUUUAAGAGGUGUUCGCUAUACUGCGGAUGGCACCAUCAAUCCUCGACUCAUAUACGAUGCACUAAUGAAAUUCCUCGCUUUAUGAGAUGAAUCAGCGAUGGAAGGAUGGAUAGAAGUGUAACGGAGGCGAGUCGACUCAAUCGUGUCGCUUUGCUAGAAGAAUGGCGAGACGAAGCGAAAUGACUGAUCUUUGAAACUGCUAUUCCCAACUCAACUGCCUCAGAGUAAUUUUAAGCAUCGGGUUUCUUAGAAUCUAAGGAUCUUCCAUGAUUGUCUAUGGCUGGUGAUAUGGGACUGAUAGGUGGAGUAUUUGGAUUGUUUUUUGGUGUGUUAAGGACUGAGCAUAGAAAGACGAGUCGAAGGAGCAACAUGUUAAAUUUCGACGAAUUAAGAUCUCGAGUUUCGUAAAUUCUUAUAAACUGUGCGAGAUACUUCAUCAGAUAAAUAUUUCACUAAAUACAUCAACUAUAAAAAGAGACGUAUUUUUGCAUUAUCGGCAAUUAGAUGAUUAUAUAUGAAAAAAAUAUAUUUUUACAUAACUGACGCAAAAUGUAUUAAAAAGCAAAGGUAGAAUAAAAUAUUUCUCUUAUUUGAAGUACAUUGAAACUACAUAUGUGCUCUAGAUAUGUGUACUAUGGUGUUUCUAAGCGUUAUAUAGAAGCAUAUAUGUCCGUUGAACACAUUAUAGAAUAAUAAGGAGAUGAUUAAUAACAGGUAUUAAAUAAAGAUUAUGCUUAGAAAAUAAUUGAAGAGUGACUCAAAAAUACAUUAGUAAAAUCAUUCAUCAUUUCUUCGUAGAAAUACACGUGUAAAUUUAUUAUGAGUCCUAAUUUUCUAGUUGAAAAUACACCUCUCAAACGAAAACAUAAAUCACAACUACAAGUACAUAGUACAUUAUUCACAAUUUUCUGAGCAAUUAAUACAUUUUAUUCGAUUAUGAAUGAAGAAAGUAUUUACACUGCAGUAGAAUUUUAUUUAUCUAAACCAGUCGGGAAACGACCAACUCAU